AUGCAAGUUCUAGUUCAGAGGGGUGCACAUAAGAAUGGUUUUGAGUAUGAAACAUUUAAGUCCGAUACUGUGAGAUUUGUGGCAAAAUGUCGAGGAGCCAAAGAAGGUUGCAAGUGGUAUUUGCGUGUAGUAAAGCUUAAGAAUUCAGAUCUUUGGACGGUUAGAACUUACAACAAGUCUCAUACAUGCUCAAUAGUAACUACAAGUACCCUUAGAAAUAGAAGGAGAGGCACACCACAGGUUGUCGCAUCAGUUUUGAGUGAAGAAUAUCCCGGUAGAUAUAACGCACCAACACCAAAUGAUCUGCUCAGUAUGGUUACCCACAAGGUUGGUGUUGAUGUGUCAUAUGCCACAGCAUGGAGAGGAAAAAGGAUGGCUGCUAAUGAAUUGAAGAAUCCUGACUCAGUAAUUUAUGUUGAAGUGGAUGCGGCGAAAAGAUUUAAGUAUCUAUUUUUCGCAUUUGGAGCUUCCAUAGAAUGGUUCGCAGCGAUGAGGAAAGUUAUCAUUGUGGAUGGAACACAUCUUAAGCAUGUUUAUGGUGGAGUUCUGCUUGUUGCGACGGCUCAAGAUCCUGAUCGUCACCACUACCCUAUCGCAUUUGGUGUAGUUGAUGGUGAGAAAGACGAAAGCUGGACGUGGUUUAUGAAUAAGUUGAGAGACGCUUGCGCAAGCAAGUUUACAGAGUGUGCACAUGCUUAUACAGUGGCUGAGUUCGAUGAUCUCUAUGAUGCAUUUUCCAGAAGAUAUCCUUCUGCUGCGGCGUAUCUAGAGAAAAGUGUUGAAGUGAAAAAAUGGGCAAGAUGUUACUUUGAAGGAGACAGAUACAAUGUUAACACAACUAAUGCAGCAGAAUCCAUUAAUGGUGUUCUUCGGGAAGCGAAGAAAUUCUUCUUGCUACCGAAAAUUGAUGUUAUCAUCAAGAAAAUGACUGAAUGGUUUAACAAACAUAGGAAGAAGGCAGCUGAAAUACCAGUCACAAAGAAGCUUGUGCCAACAGUGGAAAAGGAGUUGUGA